AUGCCACCUGCAGAGUCAGGAGGAGUGGACGAGGUGGUGAGUCUGGCUCCCCUCACGGUGCUCACGGCCACAGGCCGCAGUACCGCCAUGAUGACGCUGCCGCCACCGGAGGAAACCACUGGCGGCAGCGCCGGGCGGGGCGCUCCCGGCGCUCACCUGGGAAGGGGGCGGUGCCCCAACUGCCGCUCCUGCGUGGGGGAGGGGAGCCUCUUCCCACACCUCCCCGCCCCCAGGCGGCGAUUCAACCGAGAAUGUCUCUGUGAGACCUACAAGCUGACCGCAAACUGCACUGUGAACAGCAAUGGUCAAUGCCAGUGUACUUCAGUCGGUACACAAAAUACCGUCAUUUGCUCAAAAUUGGCUUCCAAAUGUUUGGUGAUGAAGGCAGAAAUGACAACUUCCAAGUCUGGGAGAAGAAAGAGGCCUGAGGGGGCUCUCCAGAACAAUGACGGGCUUUACGACCCCGACUGUGACGAGAAAGGGCUCUUUAAAGCCAAGCAGUGCAACGGCACCGCCACGUGCUGGUGUGUGAACACUGCUGGGGUCAGAAGAACUGAUAAGGACACUGAAAUAAUGUGCUCCGAACGCGUGAGGACCUACUACCCGGUUAAAGGUGAAUCCUUGUUUUAUUCUAGCAAAAUGGACCUGAAAGUAAAUGGGGAACAACUGGAUCUGGAUCCUGGUCACACUUCAAUUUACUAUGUUGAUGAAAAAUCACCUGAAUUUUCAAUGCAAGGUCUAAAAGCUGGAGUUAUUGCUGUCAUCGUAGUUGUGACAAUAGCAAUUAUUGCUGGAAUUGUUGUGCUGGUGAGUAUAGUGCAAGAAAAAAUUUCACUUAAGAGUAUAUUCUUUCAAGGAAAGGUCAUACAUGAAAAGGCUACAGUCAUGUACCAAAACAUAGGGAUGAAACAAAGUCUGCAUUUUCUUAUUAUAAUCAGUCUGCUGCAUUUCUGA